AGUAAAGUCAAUCAAUACAUAUUUGUUAUUGGUACCUACUAGGUACCUACCUAUUUGCCGAAUUUUUAAAACAUUAUUUUUUUAUAAACGUGAUGACUGUAUUGAUUGUGGAAGUUUAAUUAGUAUAACGUACACGCUGUUACAUCUAAAACUUAGGAAAUGUAUUAUACAUAUAGACUCCUUGUUCUCAUGACCUGUGUAAUUGCAGCUCAAACUGACGAUUUCAAGGAAGAAAUAUUUAUAAAACCUUUGCUACCAGCACAUCUUUAUACACAUUUCCAAUUUAUAACAAUAAUUGAUGACAAUUCAACGUUUCAACAUUCCCAUUUAUCUCCAAGAUCUCUUGGUGAAGUAAUAUCACGUUUCAAAGUUGAAGAAUUACAUCUGACUUUAACGGAAGGACAAUGGAGACACCACCAGUGGGGCUACCCAGUUUUAGAUGCAGCUCCCGGUGCUGAGCUUUAUGCCUGGUUUGAACCAGAAGUUUCCAAUAUAGAUAUACAAUGGCGAAAAUUGAGUGCUACUUUAUCAGGAAUAUUUUGUGCUUCUCUAAAUUUCAUUGAUAAUUUCAAUACUGUUGUUCCACGAAUGGCAUUAUGGCCUACUGGUGCAGUAAGAACAACCCAUAAUAUCACAUUAAGGUUGAGAUAUUCAUCUCUGCCUAGAGAAAUAGUUUGCACUGAGAAUUUAACACCUUGGAAAAAAUUGUUGCCAUGCGAAUCUAGCAAGGGAUUUUCAGCUCUCCUUAACUCAAGAUUAAUCCAUAACACUAACUAUCAUUCAAUUGGGGUUCAUGUUAGAAAAGUCUGUACUAAUGAGGAUUGCACUGUCACACAUUUUGAGAUGAAACAGACAGUUGCACUAGUGUAUGAUUCUAAGAUAAUUAAUAGUAUAGAUUGGUCAUUUAGGAAACUAUUUGGACAAGGUUUGCCUGGAGCUUGUCCUCUUUCUUCUGCUAGCACAAUUUAUGUAGAUGUUACAUCAAAUGAUACACAAAAGUUUAAAUUGACACCAUCUCCUGAUAGUACUGUAUUUUCUCAAAGAGGAGGAAGUGAGACAAUACUUGCUGUUUAUAAUAUAAAACCCAAUGACCAAUUGAUCAAUAUUGGUGCAAAGUAUGAUAUCACAAAGAAUUUACUAGUGACUGUGCCACCACCAUUAUAUUUCACUCGCUAUAUAUUGGGUUAUGGCAAGGAGUUUGGAGGAAUUGUAACUGAAUUAGUCAAUAAUUAUUGGACUGCCAUUGAUGUUGUACUGUUAGAAAAUGCUCCAUGGUGGUUGCCAAUACAACUUAGCUCAUUGAGAGUGAAUGGUGAAGCUGAAAGCAAUUUGAUCUUAUCACAAUUUUAUUCCCCUGGACGCAGUCGUCAGAAGCCAUAUCAUUUAGAAUUAAUGUUGAAGUUACCUCCUAGAUCAACAACAACAAUUACAAUUGAAUUUGAGUUUGUAUUUUUAAAAUGGCAAGAAUAUCCACCUGAUGCCAAUCAUGGAUUUUACAUUGGUUCUGCCCUUAUAACGGCCAACCUUCCUACUGCUAAGAACUAUACUAGUCUCCCGGUUACAGGCACCACAUUCAACUCUGCAUUGAAUGCAUCAAAACCUUGGUACCCAGCUAUAUUUAGAACAAAUGGAGGCAUGGUUUCGUUGCCGACACCAGACUUCAGUAUGCCCUAUAAUGUGAUUUGCCUGGCCUGUACUGUAGUCGCACUGGCAUUUGGCCCAUUACAUAAUAUUUGUACCAAAGAACUAGUUCUUAAGCCUAUAGGUUCGCCACUAUCACUAAAACAGAAAAUAAUGAAUUUGUUUAAAAGAAAAAUUGAUUAAAUAUGUAGGCAAAAUCAAAUUAAUAGUCAUUAUUUUUUAAAAUCAAUUAAAACCCAAAUCAAUAAAAAGUCAGACAUGCUUAUCUAAUGUAUUAAUAGGUAUCGACAUUUCUUGCAGUAUUGUAACUGUAGUGUAAUGUAACAUUUAAACUACCUAUUUUAUAAAGCCUGUAUUAUGUCCCACUGCUGGGCAAAGGGCUCCCCUUUGAAGUAUAUAAUUUAUUUUGUGGCCAAAACGUAUGACAGAAGUAGUGGUAAUAUUUCUAUUCUAAUAUAUUAAAUGUCUGUUUAAAAUUUAAA